AUGGACCUGCGAUCCCUCACCCGCCCGCUGCUCGCCGUCUCCCGCGCCCGCCUCCUCCCCCUUCCGCUCGCCCCCCAGCGCGGCCACAAGACCGCCGCGCGGACCAAGCGGGCCCUCAAGCUCCCCCCCCACGACUCCUUCCUCCCCAGCCGGGCGUCCGCCUUCCCCGCCGCCGACAGCAUCAUCUACAACCCCCCCGCGUCGGAGGCCUCGCCCGCCCACACGCCCUUCAUCUUCCUGCCGCGCGGCGACCCGCGCCGCCUGGCCCUGCUGCGCAUGCGCACCAACCCCGGCGCGCCGCCGCCGCCCGGCGACGACGCCGUCUCCGAGGCCGACCUGCCCCCGCUGAUGAAGUACAAGCGCCGCACGGCGCGGUACCACCUCACCCAGGAGGACAUUGACGAGAUCCGCAGACUGCGCGCCCAGGACCCCAUCGAGUGGAGCGUGGGCAGGCUGGCCAGGAAGUUUGACUGCUCCGACGUGUUUGUCAAGAUGGUGGCGCCGGCGUCGCCCGAGCACCACAAGUGGUUGCAGGCCAGGCUGGAGAGCAAGAUGGCCCGGUGGGGGCCCAAGAAGGCGCAGGCGAGGGAGGAUCGGAAGCGGAGAGCGGGGAUGCUGUAUCGCGGCGAGUUGUAA